CUUCAUCAGCUGAUGCUCCAGCCCAGUACAAAGCCUAGAGGGCCAGACGAGGGACAAGGACCAAAGAAUCGGACCUGACAAGUAUAGAACAUAAACCCCAUAAGGAACGUCUGGUUAAGAGAAGCAAGCACCCCAAAGGACCGUGACAAGAAGUAGACCUUAGUAGAUCAUGUUUGCAUUGAAGAGGUUUGUGGUGGCUCUGCUGACCCUAGGGAUUUGGGUUCAUCCAACGCUUGAACGGACACUGGAGCCAUCACCAGAAUGCAACUCUUUUGUCGAGUCCAGGUCCUCACAUCUCCUGUACACUGGGAACAGCUCUGUGGGGAAUGUCCCCAUUCUGGAGUACAAGGUCACAGAGUUGACCAGCUUUGACUCUGAGUUUGAGCUGCGUACUCUGGACCCUGAGGGGGUGAUAUUCUUUGGGGACAUCGGCGGGCAGCAGAACUACUUCCUGCUUGCUGUGAUCCAAGGGAACCUGAGCAUCCAGACGAGCCGUGGGGAUGGACAGGUCCUCGUCACCUCCGGGCCCAAGAUCAGUGACGGGGAGUGGAAGAAGAUUGCAGUGAUGAAACAUGAGGGAGCUGUGGCUGUACGCGUUGGCUCGGAGACAGCCGUCACAGUGCAGCAGUCUGCUGAGAGCCAGAGGGCCGAGAUAGGCAACGGAAUGCUGAGAAUCUCUAUCGGAGGCCUGCUCCCAGAUAGCGGAGUUACCUUGGGGCUGAACCCUCCUCUGGAUGGCUGCAUGCGGAGCUGGGACUGGGUCAGACAGGACUCCAGCAUCCUAGAGCGGACCCUGCAGGAUUCCAAGGUGCAAAGGUGCUGGGAACAUAUUGCCCCCGGGUCCUACUUUACUGGAGUCGGCUCUGUUGGUUUCAGCUCUCUAGCGUUGCUGGGAAACUCUUCAGCUGAGCUAGAUGGUGCAGACUGGACACUCUCUGUGGAGCUAGCUCUCAGAACGGUUUCAGCCAGAGGCUUUCUCUUUAUUCUGAUAGACACUCAGAACGACUACAUCCUCUCCUUGAAACUCAACCACCCUUCACAGGAACUGAUGCUGCGUUUGAGGGGGACUCUAUUCUGGUCGCGCAGCUACCCCCAGACCCUCUGCUCAGGUGAGAGUCAGUUCCUGCAGCUGCAGGUGAGGCCAGGCCAACUGGUGAUUGGCAUGGGUGUAACCAAGGCAACCAUGAGGUUGACGGAUGGGGACUACGAGCUCCUGAAGAGGGUGUUGAGCCAACCAGGGAGCAGGGUGUACCUGGGGGGCGGGCCAGGUCGCAGUUGUAAAUGAGAACUUGUUCUCAACUGGCCUACCUGGUUAAAUAAAGGUGAAUGACCAUAUGCUUCCAGGUCAUAUGGCAACAUAUAGACAACAAAAAUGGGUGACUACAUUCAGAUGUAAAACAUUUAAGAAAAAGCGUUCCUUCCUCCUUUAAAUUAUGAUUGCUUUUUAGGGAAAUUAAACUUGAAAUUCAAAGUUUCUCCGAUAUUGUGUAGGUUGUGUAGAUCCAGCUUGUCCCAAUAGAAGACGUCUGAGAUCUGAAAACAUAACUCACUAAAAGUACACUAUACGUGUUUGACACCCUAUUCCCUAUAUAUUGCACAACUUUUGGCCCAAGCGAUGAAGGACCUAGAGUAUGGGUUUCUUUAAGUGCUUGGAGGCGAGUCGCAUAACUGUUACUUGAUUGCACCGUUAAUGCUAUUAAUGAGACCGACUGGUGUUUAUACAGUAGAGUACAGUGAGUCCAUACAAGGUGUUCUGUAUCUAGCUGUGUUCCAGAGGAGUGGAGGUGAAGCCUCUGUUGAGGACAAAUACAGCAAGAGAUAAGAGUUGUGGAGAGGUGCAGAUGUAUCAAAUUACAGGCAAUUUCCCAGAUGAUAUGUCAUGAUGACUCCUAUGGACAUAUGGUGUCAAGAUGAAACAGUGUGAGCCGGUAGUGGUGUGAGCCGGUAGUGGUGUGAGCCGGUAGUGGUGUGAGCCGGUAGUGGUGUGAGCCGGUAGUGGUGUGAG